GUCACUGAGAUUUGGGGUUUUCCAAUGUGUUUGUGGUGUGCGAUUAUUUGCAGUUUUUGUGAAACUUACAAACCGUAUAUUGAAGUAUGUUACCUCUAAAUAAAGUAUAUUUGUUGCUGUAUAAAUUAGGGUAUUUUUUGAUAAUAAUAAUAUAGUUUUAAUUACUUGAAUUCGUACAUACACAAAAUCGCAAAAAUUGAUGUUAUCCACUACUCGAUGGUCAACCAACCAUGCUGAACAAUAUUCGAACUAACUAUAAUAAAUUCAUUUAAAAUAACUAAGAUUUAGGAUAUUUAGAAUUUAUCCCGUAACAAGCUAAAUUCACAGAUAUUUCUCCAAAAGUUUCGGUUUCAAAAGAAAGUUCUAAACAAAAUAAAAAUGAGACAGAAAUAUUAUUGGAUGAUUCUAUUUUUCUGUCACAGUUAUCAUUGUUGGAGGAAAAGAAUGUAUCAAAUAAUGUAACAGAACAGCAAACCAAAAAUAAUAAUGGAAUAUUAGAAAAAAAUGUAACAGCUUCUCAUCAAAUCCACUGUGAUAAAGAAAAUGUUGUGAAUAAAACACAUAAUGAUAUCACUCCUACAGUUGCUGAUUAUAUUCCAAAUAAUCCUAAUUCCCAUCAGUUAAAUGAAUUGGCUUCAUGGGGCUUGCCGGAAGCUGUAUUGGAGAAAUAUAAAUCUAGAAAUUUAACUACAAUGUUCCAAUGGCAAGUAGAAUGUCUUAGCCAAGGAAAUAUUUUAAAUGGUAGCAAUUUGAUAUAUUCAGCACCUACGUCAGCCGGCAAAACGUUAGUAGCAGAAAUAUUGGCCGCAAAAAUGAUAUUUGAACAAAAGAAAAGAGUUAUUUUCAUUUUACCAUUCGUAUCAAUAGUUAGAGAAAAAAUGUACUAUUUUCAAGACUUGUUUGAAAGUAGUGGAAUUCGGGUAGAUGGAUUUAUGGGAUCUUACAAUCCACCGGGAGGAUAUAAUUCUGUACAGUUUGCUAUAUGCACCAUAGAAAAAGCUAAUAGUUUGAUAAACAGAUUAUUGGAGGAGAGGAAAUUGAAGGAAGUAGGAGCUGUACUCAUAGAUGAGAUACACCUACUUGGGGAUUCUAGUAGAGGCUAUCUUUUGGAACUGUUAUUAACAAAAUUGAGAUACAUAUCUAUUAAAGAAAAUCUUAGUAUACAAAUAAUAGGAAUGUCUGCGACUCUUCCCAAUCUUAAACAAAUUUCCAAGUGGCUGGAUGCUGAAUUAUUCACUACUGACUUCCGACCAGUACCUUUAAAAGAACAAGCACAUGUUUGUGGGGAAAUUUAUGAUAUUAAUAUGAAACUAAUAAGGUCUUUAAGUAUUUUACCAGAAUUGAAAACUGACUGUGAUAAUAUACUUCAGCUUUGCCUCGAGACUAUCAAAGAAUCUUGCUCUGUCCUUAUAUUUUGUCCCACGAAAAAUUGGUGUGAAAAUUUGGCACAGCAGAUUGCAACUGGAUUUUUCAAAAUAGGUAGCUCUCAAUCAGAUUGGGGACAACUAUUGCGCCAUCAACUUGAUACCAAUCUCAUUAUGGAACUGUUGGAGCAGCUCAAAUAUUGUCCAGUUGGCUUGGAUGAUAUUCUACACAAAACUGUAUCUUUUGGUGUAGCUUUCCAUCACGCAGGUCUUACUAUGGAUGAAAGAGAUAUAAUAGAAGGGGCUUUUCGAAAUGGAGCAUUGAGAGUAUUAGUAGCCACUUCAACUUUAUCAUCCGGUGUUAAUCUACCAGCUAGGAGGGUUAUAAUAAGGACACCAAUAUUUCAUGGAAAACCUAUAGAUUCUUUGGUGUAUAGACAAAUGAUUGGUAGAGCUGGUCGUAUGGGAAAAGACACAAUGGGUGAAAGUUUUCUCAUAUGUCAAAAGAAAGAUUUUAAAAUAGUGAAAGAUUUAAUGUCUGCUGUAUUACCUCCUGUCAAAAGUUGUCUUGAAAGUGAGGGAAAGCUGAAGAGAGCCAUUUUAGAAGUGAUAGCUAGUGGAGUUGCUACUACUCCUGAAGAUGUUAAAAUAUUUACUGAAAGCACAUUGCUUGCCGUCGAGGAUGAUUGUUUACACGAAUUGAAUAAUCCUAUUGAGGAAGCUGUAAUGUUUUUGCAAAUGAACGAGUUUAUUAGAUUGCAAGAAAAAGAAGAUGGAAGUCAAUUAUAUGUUUCUACUUCAUUAGGGAAAGCUUGUUUGUCCUCUUCGAUGUCUCCUGAUGAUGGUCUCUCCCUUUUCACUGAAUUGGAAAAAGCUCGACAAUGUCUUGUACUUGAAACUGAACUCCAUUUAAUUUACCUUGUUACUCCCUACAGUGCCUGCUAUUCUUGGGGAAAUAUGGAUUGGAUGUUAUAUUUGGAUCUUUGGGAAAAAUUGCCAACAAAUAUGAAACAGGUUGGAAAGUUGGUGGGUAUCAGGGAAUCGUAUAUUGUAAACGCAACUAGGGGCAUAAUUCAAACAAACACUGCAAAACUGUAUCACAAAUUGUUGGUCCACAAAAGAUUUUUCAUAGCAUUAGCCUUACAAGAUUUAGUUAACGAGAAGCCUUUAAGUUGGGUAUGUCAAAAGUUCAAUUGCAACCGAGGUAUGCUGCAAUCUUUACAACAAUCUUCGUCAAGUUUUGCAGGAAUGGUUACCGCAUUCAGUAAACAGUUGGGUUGGAGCAACAUGGAAUUGCUCAUAUCACAAUUUCAAGAAAGAAUGCAGUUCGGUGUAAGUAGAGAUCUUUUGGACCUGAUGCACCUCCCAGUUCUGAAUGGUAAAAUGGCAAGAGCGCUUUACAAUAGUGGUAUAGAAACAAUAAUCCAAUUAGCAAAUUCGGAAAUAUCAUCAAUAGAAAAUAUCUUACACAGAAUAGUGCCAUUUGAAAGCGAAAAGGAAAGAGAAGGAGAAACUGAAUACGAUAAAAGACAGAGAAAUAAAUACAAGAACGUGUGGAUAGUAGGAAAAGAAGGUUUAACUGAAAGGGAAGCCGCAGAGAUAUUUGUAAAGGACGCUAGAAAAUAUUUGAAAAUAGAAAUGGGUUUAGUAGAUGCCCAGUGGAAAGAUAAAGAAGUAAAAAGCGAAAUAGAAGACGAAAACAAAACAGAUAAAAAUGAAACAAACGUGAAAAAUGUUGAUAAUGAUAAUGAGAUUGAUAAAAGAAAUAGUGAAAGUUUUUUUUCAGAAGAUUCGUCCGUAUUUUCCAGUAUAUCUGAUACUUCGAGUAUCUCGAGUAUAGAUUCCACUAAAAUAGAUGAAAAUAACGAAGAAAGGAUUACAAAAAAAUUAGAAAGGUUCACCAUUGAUUCCCCCAAAAAAAUUAUCAAUACUAUUAGUGAAGAAAAUUAUAUAAAAAGUAUUGCAGUAGAUUCACCGAGGAAAUGUCUUCAAAUGACAUUUAAAAAUUCCUCUUUUAACCCAUUAGUAUCAUCAAAAUUAAAUAUUAAUACUGUAUUAGAAGGAUCCCCGUCGAAGCUUUCUGAUAUAACUACGACGAUUGCAAAUCGUUCUACUGAUAAUACAGUGACUCCUAAAAGUGACAUAACCUCAACAGUGUCGGAUGUUAAGACCGAAUCGAGUUCUAAAGAUGCUGAGAAUGACGUAAACGCUCUUCUGCAACAAAUAUCUUUAUCCGAUUUUUCAGAAACGCUUUCCGAAAACAACCAUACGAAUUUAAUAGAAAGUAGAACUUUGCAGAAUAAUGACAAAGUUGAAUCGGAUCAAAGUCUUUUCGAGGAAAGUUUCACUUUAUAUUUAUCAGAAAAUAAUUCUGAUGAAGAAAAAUUAUUCAAUGGUAAUGUUAAUGGAAAAGAUGUUAAGGAAGAUGAGCACGGUACAAUUAUAGAGAACGAGAAGUUUUUAAAAGAUAACGAAAAGGAAACUUGUUUAUUGUCACAAAAACGUAAACAUAGUAGUGGCGAAUUUGGUGUUGUCAGUAAAAAAAUCAAAUUUAAAUGCCAAGAAAAUGAUGAUGAUGAUUAUAUCGACAACUCUUACAUAAUAAAUAAAUUGGAAGACCAGCUCAGCGCGGAUUUUAGUAGAAUGGAAAUAGUUAAUGUCUGUCAGGAAUUUUCUGUACUAGAAAUUUUCAUCGCAGAAUUUAAAUUGCAGAAAUUUUUUUCGUUUUCUGUUGCUUGUAGCAAAAUGGUAGAAAAUAAACCUGUGAUUGGGAUAAACGCUUUUAAAACUCAACUUGCUACUACCGAAGGAGCAAAACACAUCUUUCAAGCUGAUGGUAGAAAACUAGAAGGAUUUUCAAUUUGUUGGGAAAACAAUAUAGUGUAUUACCUUUCUUUUGAAAAUAUAAAAAUACAUCAGAAAAUUAUCAAGUUGUUGAAAUCGAUUUUUGGAAAUCCAGAUGUGAGGGUGAAGAUGUUCGAUGCCAAAGAACAAAUUAAAUUUUUGAAAAAAUGUUGCGGUAUAAAUUUUUUUUGUAAAAUAGAUGAUCCUAAAAUAGCUCAUUGGAUGUUGGAUCCUGAUGGAAAAGAAAUGAAUUUAAAAGCGAUGGCAGUAAAAUAUUGUCCUGAAAGCGCAGAACUAGCUCAAUUAUCAGGCGGAUGUAUAGGUCUUGGAAGUGUGGGUAUGGAUAUAUACAGUUCAGUUUCAGCCAAAAUUAGAGCGUCUCUGGAAUCAGUUAUAACAUGGCAUUUAAUAAAUAUAUUAAAAAAUAUUUUGCUGGAAGAAAAUUCUAAAUAUAUCGAAGCUUAUGAUAUCGAAACUAGUAUAAUUGUAUGUUUAGCUAAUAUAGAAUUAUAUGGUAUGCAUGUAGAUAAAACCGUAUUGACAACUCUGUUGAAUGUCAUUAAAACUCAAAAAAAUAACAUUGAAAAAAAAGCUUUUUCAUUGGCUGGUCGUAAAUUCAAUUUCGUAUCCUCCUCCGAUGUUGCCAAAAUUAUAGGUACAUUUCGUGGAAGAAAAACUAGUACCAAAAAACAAAUCCUUGAAAAGAAUCAACACCCUGUAUCGGAUUUAGUAUUGCAAUGGCGAAAAUUACAUUCCAUUAUAACAAAAACUAUAUAUCCUUUAAUUAAAGUAAUUAAAAACGAUCGUAUAUACGGUUGUUACAUAACACACAGUUCCACAGGGCGAAUAAGUAUGCACGAACCUAAUUUACAAAAUAUAACAAGAAAUUUCGAUGUUAAUAAUUGUUUAACCAACGAGAGUGUUAGUAUAAAUUGUAGAGAAGCUUUUGAUGCACCCGAUAAAUAUAUUUUGUUGUCUGCCGAUUAUUGUCAAUUAGAGUUGAGGAUUUUGACACAUUUUUCACAAGAUAAAUUGUUGUGUAAGAUUAUGAAAGAACCUGGAGACGUUUUUAAAUCUAUCGCUGCUAAAUGGAACCGAAUUACUGAAGAAGAGGUGACUGAUGCCAUAAGACAGGACACCAAACAUUUAUGUUAUGGAAUUAUAUAUGGAAUGGGUUGUAGGUCUUUAGCUGAACAAUUGGGUAUAAACGAAAAUGAGGCGGUCGAUUUUAUGGAAACUUUCAAAAAUACUUAUCCUGGUAUAAAGAAUUUUAUUAAAAAUGUAGUAGAAAAAUGUAAAGAGAAUGAAUUUGUGGAAACCGUUAAUGGGAGAAGAAGAUAUUUGCCUAAAAUAAAUGACAAAGAUCAAAUUAGCAAAGGACAAGCGGAACGUCAAGCUGUAAAUACAAUAAUUCAAGGUUCAGCUGCCGAUAUAGUAAAAAAAGCGAUGUUAAAAAUAGAUUUGGACCUUAGAGAAGUAUUUCAUAAAGCGAAAAGUAAACCGAAUUUGGUGCUUCACCUUCAUGAUGAACUAAUAUAUGAGGUUCCCACAAAAUAUUUGAGAAAAGUAGCGAAAAUCGUUAAGAAAAAUAUGGAAACAUGCGUCGAUCUUUCAGUUCCUUUUCCAGUUAAAUUAAAAUCUGGUUUUUGUUGGGGAAAUUUGACUGAAUUAGUAAUUUGAUCUAAGAGAAAUAUUAUUUAUUGUAUUACAAAUUUUAAUCUUUAUACCUAAAACUUUUUGUACAAAUUUUAUUAAUAAAUAUAAACA